AUAAAUUAUUGUUUUAUUUUCAUCGAAGAAAUGUCGUCACAAAUGAAGAACAUAAUGGCGUGGAAGAGACACUUAAGUAUAACAAACAAUUCGACAGACAAUACAAGUCCAAUGACAACGAAAUCGGUGAUAAAACACAAGAGUGAUAAUAGUGUGCACAUCACUGACAGCGAUGAAGAGGAAGAUGAUUGUGGACUCAACUCGUCGGUGUCGUCGACGACGGCAAUGAAGACCAGGAGAAGGAUGGGGUUAUGCGCUAAAAGAAUGCGAACAUCGGAUUCACCGAAGAAGACGAAGCCAUUAGAUCAAAGGAUGCGACUUUUAGAGAGUCGAUUUAUUGGAUCAGCUAAUCGACCCAUUGAUCAGCUCAACCAAUCUGUAAUUGUGGUCAAAUCGGAACCAAAAGAAAUUGAAGAUGAAGUUAUAGAAGUUAUGGACACCACCGACACCAACACCAAUACAAACACUUCGAUGGUCGUCAUCAGCGACGACGAUAGUGUUAGUCAUGUAUCAGAUGUAAUCAAAGAUGUUAGUAUUGAUGACAAAAAAGAUGAUUCAAAAGAAAUUUCUUAUUGGACGCCAACUAAACCAAAGACAUCAACAAAGACUGUUGACAGUAAAAUCAGUUGUCUAUUAUGUCCGAAAAAUUUCGAGACAAUAGAUUCGCUUAAACAACACUAUAUAUCACAUUUGGACGUCGGUUUGAUUUGUGGUAACUGUCGACAAAAGUUUGACUCAUUAGUAAAGUAUCGCAAACACGACUGUCAACUCAUGGAAAACAAUAAAUUACAAAAUUUAGAUGAAUUUAAAUCAGCAAAGAAAUGGUGCGAACAAUAUGGAGAAUCAGAUGACAGACAAUUGAGAGAAUAUAUUGAACCAAAUGUUCAUUCAUAUUGUCCGGUCUGUCGUAGUAUUAAAGGUGUGCAUCAAAAGAGAAUACAAAAGUUGUUGACAUACAAGAUGUCCAAAACAGACAAACAGUCGACUGAUGAUCACUACCAACAGUCCCAACGCAAUCAUCUGCACCAACAUUUGAUAUACUUUCCUUAUCAGUGUAUUGACUGUCAAUUUGAUGACAAGAUUACUGAAUUUUGUCUGAAUAAGUCAGCCCAACAACACCUUAAAGACGUUCAUAAUAUAACAAAUGCAAUGCAAUUGAACUCAAAUGAAAUGUUAAAAUAUUUUGAACUUAAAAAACCAAUCAAACAAUUAGGAUCAAUGAUUGACUAUUGUUUAGAUAUGACAAAUAGACAAUUUUCAUUUAAUACUAAAUGGUCGCAUAAAGAAUCCAAAUUAGCUGUAUUUAAAAAAGUCAUAUGGAUAUCAUGUCUUCAAUUACCGCGACUUCCGACGGAUCACAUCAAGUAUUGGUUACGAAACAAUCGAUUAGAGUAUAAGUCGGUGAAGAAGUUGUGCGCCGAUCGCAACUUCGCGUCGAUGACUAUUGAAAGUCUGCAGUCAAAUAACAUAACAGAUCUCAACGCCGACCGCGACCUCAGUCUUAAGCAAAAUAUUUGUUCGACAGUUUUGGACAAUGAAUUGGGAACCGAUUGUUGGGGUUAUGAAAGCGAUUGUCAGUCAAAACACAUGUACUCAACGCCCGAAUGUCCCGAUGAUAGCGCCGGUUGGGCUCCGAAUCAGUUGGAAGCGAUGAAAAUGUUUUUCGUUUCGGCAGAUUUUGGUUAUGUCGCCCAACGACUCCAAGAACUUAAAUACUUUUGUCAACCGAAACAAUUGGUUGGCAUUUCUUCUAGAAAUAACAAACCAUUAGUUUCAUCGUUAAAAUGCACACAAUAUACCAGAUAUUGUUUGGCCACAAAUAUUAUGAUCGACUUUGAGAUGUUGACCAAACUUCAAGAGCCGGUCCGCUAUCGCGAGGAUGUGAUUGGCGGCCAUCAUAUCGGUGGCUGGAAUUGUGACCUUAAAGAUGAAGAACUUAGAAGUGAAAGUCAUCAUAAAAGUCCGCUUCAGUCGUGGUUUGCAGAGAUCGAGAACUAUAAGAUUUUAAGAGAUGACCUAAAGUGCGACAUAUGGAUAGACAAACCAACGUUUAUCAUGAAAUUGGACGCAACAGUCAAUAUGUACCAUCAUUUCUGUGAUUUCAUCAAUCUUUACGCAAGCCUUCACAUGAAUAACUCAUUUUCAUUGGAUAAUAAUAUUAUUAUAUGGGAUUCAUAUCCGUAUCGUUCAAACUUUGGUAUCGUAUGGCAGGCUUUUACCCGAAAUCCGGUGCUAUAUAUCGGACAAUUUAAAGGUAAAAAAGUUUGUUUUAGGGACUUAAUGAUGCCAUUACUUCCGCGAAUGAUUUAUGGCAUCUAUUAUAAUAUGCCACUCAUUCCCGGCUGUCAUAAGAGUGGACUUUUUCGGGCUUUUAAUCGGCAUCUAAUCGAAAGACUGAACAUUAAGGUUGUUGUUCCCGAAAACGAUAAUUUGGUCAGAAUUACACUGAUAUCGAGGCGAACCAAAUACAGACAAAUACUCAAUGAACAAGAAUUGAUUGACUCAUUAAGUGACUUAAAAGAUGUAUCUAUAAAGUUAUACGACUUUAAUCAUUGGAUGCAAUUCAGUGAACAAAUAGAAAUUAGCGCAAACAGUGAUGUCCUCAUCGGAAUGCACGGCGCGGGACUCACACACGUACUCUUUCAACCCGAUUGGUCCGUACUCUUUGAAUUAUUUAAUUGUGAUGACGAACAUUGUUAUAAAGACUUGGCCCGACUUCGUGGCGCACAUUACAUGACAUGGACUGAUCGUUCGAAGAUUUAUCCCGAAAAAAGUGAUUACAAAUCAGAAAACCCGAAAUUUUCAGCCGACGCCAAGUUUACUAAUUACCGAUUUGACGCCAACGAGUUUAGACGAUUAGUCUUAAUUGCAGUCAAUUAUGUGAGAAAUAAUAGAAUUAAGAUAUUAUAUGACAACACCAGUGAUAAACAAAUAACAAUUGACUUAAAAACAAAAUCUGAAUUAUAGAUUCAUUUUUAUAGAUUAAUAGAAACGGA